AUGGCCGCCUACACCCCAUACAACACGCCGCCUGCGCAUGGCGCAUACUACGGAUUCAGCGCAUCUCCUUCACCGGCUGGAUCCCCCGCGGGAGGGCAACACGGAUUUUACGCGCAACGAUCAGGACCAUCGCCGCGUCACGCGCGACACGCGUCUGGAGAUGCUUAUGGCUAUAGCUCACCUCGAGCCUUUUCGCCGAGAUAUAACUCCAGCGGACAUUACGCCACUGCUGCCAAUGUGAGUCGAAAACAAAGUUCUUGGUCGGCGCCGCGGCAGGAGGCCAAACGGCGAAAUUCUUUCUCCUAUCGAGCCUCUCAUGGGGAUUCCGACGAGGACGAUCUUGAAUAUGUAGACUAUCUGGUGGAUGAUGUGAUCUAUCGUGUGCCUGCUCGGCGUGCUACAAAGCAAAGUUACAAUUAUCGUGGGCAUGGCACUGAUCGUUACUACUAUUCUCAGGACCAAGGAUACAUUUAUAAAGACGACCCUGAGGGGACGCCUCAACACGAACAAACACCUAGAAGACGUAGACAAUCGUCCUCGACGCCACAACGACCUUCAUCCGCGCGCGCGACGGCGUCACCAAAGAAGCCGCCACCAACACCAAAGGCCACCGAACACGACGCGCGGAAGCAUCGCAUUCCACCCGGAUACUCGCUCAAGAAUUGGGAUCCUUCCGAGGAACCUAUCAUGCUCUUGGGCAGUGUCUUCGAUGCCAACAGCCUCGGAAAAUGGGUUUACGACUGGACAGUCUAUCAUCAUGGUCCAGCUACUCCCAUAGCCGACAUGGCUGGCGAACUUUGGUUGCUUUUGAUUCAACUAGCGGGCAAGGUCAAGCGUGCAGAGGAAUGCAUGGGACGCAUUCGAAAAGAGGAUAAUAGAGAGAUGGUGGAGGAUUUCAUCGAGUCAGGGGAGCGGUUGACGGACAAAUUGAAGAAGCUAUUGAAGGCUUGUGAGACGCCCAUGUUGAAAGCAGGAAAGAGGCAUGGAAAGGAUACCCCACAGUUGGGCAAGAAUGCAGGCACCGAAUUUGUCGACUCUAUUUUUGGACGAGACAGACAACUUGAUCAAACGGAGAAGUUUAUGUCUUCCAUUCGCCUCUGGAAUCUACGAUUCGACGCCAACUGCGAGGAUAUCCUUCGGAGACCAAACCAAUAG